AUGCUGUUCAUGACGAGGUUACAGGCGAAGCCGUGGAAAAGCGCAGUGAGUGUGGCGGCUCUUAAUAACGACUUCCCAUCGUCCUCUCCCUCCUCUCCCUUCUCCCCCCCUCCCCUCCUCCCCAACCCCUUCCACUCUCCCAGAGCUGCUAGAAGCCGUGGAUCGCACAGUGAGUGUGGCGGCACCUCCCUCCUUUCCCCCUCUCAUCCCCCCCUAUCCUUGCGUCCCUUUCCCCCCAACGCCCUUUCCCUCCGCCUCUUUCCCCCUUCUCCCUUCUCCCCCUUUCACCUUCCCCUUCUCCCCUCUCUCCCAGAGCUACUAGAAGUGAUGGAUCGCACAGUGAGUGUGGCGGCACAGAAUGAGGGCUUUGCUCCGCUUGCGGCUCCGUGUGUUGCCAGAAACACCGUCCCUACUACCUUUCCCUCCUUCGUCCCACUCUUCUUCCCCUCUCCCAGAGCUACUAGAAGCGGUGGAUCGCACACACUGGAGCCUGUGGGAGUGCGCAAGACACCAGCAGCAAGGGAAAAGGUGAGUAGCCGACUUGCAGCAGCUGUGCCUGGCAAGCUAGACCGGUCGAAAUCGAAGCCAACCUCUAGUAGAGCCACUAACGGGGCAGCUCUUAAAGGAUCCAUCAGCGCUCCAUCCCUAGACGAGCCUGGAAGCUCCUCCGAAACAGAGGGAAAAGCAGCAGGCACAGCAGGGGUGCGAGGAGGGGGGAAGGGUGCAGGUGGCGGCAGGAGAAAGAAGGUCGAGGCGAGCUCUAGUGGAGGGUCGACUGGUGGAGGCUCAACUGGUGGAGGUUCAACUGGUGGGGGAUCAGCAGCAGGAGGAUCUACUGGUAAAGGGUUAACCGGAGGGGGUACUACUACCAUGACUGUUGGGAGCUUGAUCGCUGCUGGGGCAGGGUCUGACACUCUCCUUGCGGAUAGUACUGCUGCUGCGCGCCUUGAUACAGGUGCAGACCGGAGAAGGGCAGGUGUGGAAGCAGCAGCAGGUGCAGAGGAAGGAGCAGCAGGGGGAGCAUCAGCGGGAGAAGCAGCAGGAGGGGGGAAUGGGAGCCUGAGUUCUGAUGCUAGUAAGGCAGCUGUUGCUGCUGCUGCUGCUGCUGCUGCUACUGCUGCUGCUGCUGCCACGACCGGAGCUGCUGAGGAGGCAGGUCUGGAUGCGGGGCCAGCAGCUGGUUUGGCAGCUGGGUUCGAUGCAGCCUUGGGUGGUGGAUUGGGGAUUGAGGCAGGGACAGGUGCGGAUGCUGUGAGUGUUGGGAUUGCAACAGAGGCAGGGGGGGCAGGCGGGGCAGCAGGGGCAGGCGGGGCAGCAGGGGCAGGAGGGAGCCAAGUAAGGGGUGAAGAAGGAGCAGAGAGUGAGGGAGGGAGUGAGAGGGGUGUGCAGGGUGAGGUCACAGAAGGGGAAGGAUGUGAGGGUAAGUCGAAUGCGGGUUCCCCUGGUGAGGUGCCUUUAGGGGGCGAAAGGAGGGAGGUAGAGGGAUCCAGUGCGGUUGAGAAGCAAGAUGCUGCGGUGGAAGGCGUUUCUCUGGUGGAAGGUGAAGGCGGGGUGGUGUUUAUAACAGGAGGUCAAUCGGGGCCAGGGAGGUUGGGACCAGGAUCAGAAGCGGGGGUGGGGAGUGGGAGGGGAGGAGAGUCAGGAGAAGGGGAGGUAGGAGGAGGGGAAGUGGUUGGUACUGAGGAGGGGGUGGAAGGGGAAAUGGGGCAUGAUCAAAAUGGGAGGAGAGAAGGGGUGGAGAACAGUGUAAAGGCUGAGGCUGGGGCUGGUGUUGGGAUUGCUGGCACGGAUGUGACAAAGGGAGAGGGGGUAGGGGGUGAUGGUAAGGAGGUUAGAGAGGGGAUGUUAGAGAAUGGGGGAAAGGAAGAGGAUGGGGAAGGGGGAAGAAGAGUAGGGGAGGAGGGGGGGGUAGAAAUGGAGGAGGGAGGCAGAGUGGAGGAAGCAGAGGGAGAAGAGGAGGGAGGGGAAGGAGAAGAGGAGGAAGAAGAGGAGGGUGAGGAGGAAGGGGGUGAGGAGGAAGAAGAGGAGGAGGAGGAAGCGGAGGAGGAGGAAGCGGAGGAGGAGGGUGUUGAGAGGGACAGGAAGGCAAGGGAGAAGGUGGUGAAAGCGUCAGAGACUCAGAGGGAUCUCGAGGAGGCCAAGGGACUGCUUCGAUCAGCUACAGGCAUUGGGCAAACCAAGGAGGCCAGGCUUACACGGAUCUGUGCACAGCUGUCGGCGCGGCUGCAGGAGUAUAAGGCGGGUGGAGUGACUUGA